UUAACUCACCUGACAGGUCGAGACACACCUGAGACCAACUUCCGGGAGACUUUCACAACAACAACAACAACAGCGGACACAUCAGAAGAGAGAGAAGAAGAGUGGACAGACAGACUGAGAGACAGACAGACAGACAUGUCUCUGCUGACAGACGGCCAGUGUCUGACAGGAAGUACCAAGAUGGAGGACAGCGGGGGGGUGAGACAGAUGGAAGGAGAAGACGAGGGGGAGGAACCGGUUCCCCUGCAGUGGCCCGGAAACAGACAGACAGGCGGACAGACAGGUGACCAGCGGAGCGUGAGGUCAGCAGCGAGCUGGACAGAGAGUCAGAGAGAGGGGGCGGGGCUUAGGACGGUGCUGGAGGCGGAGCCUGCAGAGAACGAGCUGCCGGAGAAAGCAGCGCAGGUGUUCAGUGCAUCAGUCACUGUCCUCCCCUGCCCCAACUCACCCAGAGACACUGAGGCAUUCUGGGAAAUGGAGUCUGAGAAGAGACCCUUCCUGGGCCCCCGAGGAGAACCACAGGACUACAACCAACAUGGCUGCCAGUACGAGUGGGCCGAGGACACGCUGCCUGCCAGAUGUGGGCCUGGCUGUCCCAGCAGGGACGUCCUGAAAGGGGGCGUGUCCCUGAUGACAUCACUGCUGUUCUUCCCUCUGCUGGUGUGGGGGGGGUUUGUCUUCCUGCCGUUCGACGCUCCGCUGACGGACGGCGCCGCGCUCCGACUCGUCUACGUGCUGCGCUGCUCCGUGUUCGCCACCAUCCCCAUCGCCCUCGGUUGGUUGGUGCUUGGCGUCAGCCGGCUCAGGUCUGCUGGGAUUGGUCCUCGGUUUGAUGACGAGUUGAAGGAGGCGGAGCCUCAGGACGUCACCGUCCACCGGCGCUUUGUCUCUGACUCCGCCUCCUUGUUCCUGAUCUACUUCCUGCAGCUGGUCGUCAUGGCGAUGUACCUGAGCCAGCACCAGCUGAAGCUCGUCCCGCUGCUGACUGUCGUUUUCGCCUUCGGACGGCUGGUUUACUGGGUGGCGGCGGCGUGCGGUAGCAGUGUCCGGGCGUUCGGUUUUGGCCUCUCCUUCCUGCCGAGUCUUGCCAUGAUGGCCGCCAACAUCUACUUCCUGUUCACGGUGGAGGCGGGCGGGUCCAUCUUCGGCCUGCCGCCAGGGGAGGACGCGCUAACUACGCCCCCCAGACAGAGGUUCUGGGGAUGACAUCAUCACUCAGAGGGUCUGGGGAUGACAUCAUAUGACAUCAUCACUCAUCUGACAUUUAUUUUAUUUCUGUUUUUUUUGUUUAUUAAGUUUUAUUCCUUCUACAUGUUUGACUAAGCCCCGCCCA